AUGUUUGCUCUAAGUACCAGCCACUUGCAACGAAUUUUCAAUAAACUCGACAAAAAUGGUGAUGGAAGGGUGAGUAUCGAUGAGCUUAUGUGGCUUCUUCAAAGAAUAGGUAUCCAUACAUGCAGAGAAGAUGAGCUGGAGUUAUUGCUGGGAAAAACGACUCUUGAUUUCAUCGAUUUCAUGUUCUUUUACUAUGCGAUUAUCAACACGGAUGACAUCAAACGCGAUAGCUUAAUUGACAACGAUCUGCAUAAAGCAUUCGAGGUUUUUGACUCAAAUGGUGAUGGUUUGAUUUCGAGUGAGGAGCUUCAAAAUGCAUUGUCAAGAUUAGGGUUAUGGGAUGAGCACUGCAGCAGCCAGGAUUGUAGAAGUAUCAUCAAUCUGUAUGAUACAAACUCCGACGGAUUUCUUGAUUUCGAGGAGUUUAAGAAUAUGAUGAUGUUUUCAGAAUCCUAG